AUGUCUUCAUCACCGCCUGGGUCACCGACGCCAAGACGAUACAAAUCUCGAAGCCACCGCGUGUCGUUUGACAUGGGCCUCACAAACCCCUCAAAAGUCCCUGGUUUCUUCACCCAACUUGCCGCUGCCACAGCGAACACGCUCCCCGUUCAGCAGAAGUCCACUGCGUCAUCUCGCCACAGCCAUCAUCUCGGGGGCCACAGCGGCGGCCACAGACACGGUGCGUCGCAUAUGGAUCGCCGUGCCCGCGUGGACGACGUGGACGACGAGGACGACGACGCCAAUUACCGUGCCCGCAGUAGCAGAGCUCGUGCUGCGACUGCAUCGUCGUCAUCAGGUUCUGCCGCAGCUACGGGCAUGCCUCUUGGUGGCCCAGUCCUCGAUCCAUCUCUCCAAACGACCACAGCGUCGGCAGCGGCGGGCUUCCCCGAGAACGCCCCUGCUGGUGUUGGAGGUGCCCCUGGCUUCAACGGCAUGAACCCGGCGGCUGGAGCGAAUCACAUCUUCACCCAUCUCAACAAUGGUCUCCCUCAGCAGCCUUACAAUAUUCAAGCUUUCCCAACCUUACUCCCGUCAACGAACAUGGCAGUCCCAGGCUACCCCUUUGGAGUUGGCACCACGCACGCUGUGAACGGUGUCGACCCGACGGCCGUCACUGGACUCAGCUUCCUGCCCGCCGUCCCUGAUGCUACCAAUGGUCCCAUGAUCCAUACUUACGUCCCUCGCCAUGAUGGACCUGGCCAGAACAUUGUCUAUAUACAGCAGCCAAAUGGCCAACAGCAGGCUAUGUACACCACUGCAAAUGGUGUUCCCAUUCAGAUUGCUACGACGACCGCGCCCAUAAUGGCCUAUCCGCAAACCGGUAUGGGCCAACCCAUGUACGUCCAGCAGCAGCCCGGCAUGGCCUACGCUGUGGGUGCUGGCGGCAUCGGUGGCAUCGGUGGCAGCGGUACGCCCGUGGUCAUGAUGUCCGGCGGCGUCCCAGGAGGUAAUUACAUUGUUGGUGGUGGUGGAGGCGGCCUUGGCAGCGGUGGUGGGUUCGGUGGUGUCGGGGGCGUCCACCCCGAGCCCGCCAUGGGCAUCGGCCAGACCCCCAAUGAAGUGCUCCAGGAACAACUUGAGUUUGCCUAUGCCAACAAUCUCUACGAACCUCAGGAUUUUAAACCCGCCGACGACGACAAGUCGCGGUUCUACUGGCUGCGCGAGCUCGAUGGCAACUGGACCCAGCGCAGCCGCGCGACCAUCGACCAUCUCGGCUGCCGCUGGUACAUUACCGAUGGCGGCGUCUUCUACGCCGUCCGGCUUCCCGAUUAA